AUGGGCGGCGGCGGCGCACAUGGCGGCACAACCUACAAGGGGUACACCAUCCCGCACAACAAGCGCUGGCACACCGUCGCCGGGAAGGGCCUCUGCGCUGUGAUGUGGACUGUCGACUGGCUGCUGCAUCCGGGAGCCGCAAGAACUGCAGUGAUGGUCAUCGCUGCAACCGUGCUCACCUCAACCAUUGCGAGAUUAGGAAGGUCGAAUCGGACUUUCUUCAUGCUUCAGGCUCUUGGGGUUUGCGUCAUCCUUGGGAUGGGCAUGAUGACCACUCUCAUGGUCAUGGACAUGGGCAUGAGCUUCAGUUCAAAUGUUGUGGAAAAGAAUCUGGUGUAUGUUGAUGUUCCUUGUGAUCUGUAG